CCAAAAUAAGCCACAAAAAAGCUGAUACACUCACAUAAGAUCAUCGCGCCGCGCCAUGAGGUUGGCCGUGUUCUUCAUUGCACUAUCCUCUCGGGUGCUGCGACCCAAAUGGCGUCUGCCGUAGAUAUCAUCACAUACGUUGGUAUACCGCUCGCUGUCUUGGGUGUCCUUCCGACUAUCUAUGUGUGCCUGAAGAGCUACUUUACAUUGCGCGAAAUUACAAAAACACUGCACAGAAAUGGAGUCAUUGCGAUCACGCGCAGCGCACUUCUGACUGGAAUCGUGGAAAUCGAGAUACCCCGGCGUAGCAUCAUCCCACUGGACCGCAAUGACCCUAACUACUUCGGACUGAAUCCCAAAUCGUCAAGCCUGAAGGGAGGCUCAUGGACACUGUUCAACUGGAAAGAGAUGGUCAUUGGGGUGAAGAGUUAUCGACUACAGUAUCACGAUGAAUUGGCGCAACCACAGGCAGAGAUAGACUUCGAAGCCUUGGUGGCUUUCCUAUUGGACCGUGGUGCAGUUCCGAGUAAAGACGGAUGGGCUGAUCUGCGAAGCGCUGGUCUGUGGACUCCAGUAGGGACAAAACUAUUGCUGAGUCCUAUAUCUGCGGAGGAAGUGCUAAGUGUAGCAAUGAGUGAUGAUUCGGAUGGAAUUGUUAGUUUGAGCCUCAACUGGAAAAAGGAAUGGGACAAAAGAAGUCAGGAUAGUUUGCCGCCAUAUUGGAUCCGCUUGAACCCGCCGAGCAAAGAUGUUAAUGUAUUGGCCGCACUGCAAGCAUUAGAAGAUGAUCCAGAUGGCAAAGAUCCUAAAGAGGUUGAUGAAAGAGGAGGCUUCCUUGAUGAUGCCAGCGCGGUCAGUGACGGCUUGGAAUCACGGUCUUCCGUCAGGAUGAAGAUAUCGGCAACAGGCAUCCAAGAAGCUUACGAUGAAGAUGACGCGAAAAUGAAACUUCCAUUAUUUCAUCUUGGAUCAGGCCCGGUCACUGACUCAACCGCUGGUUUCUGGUUCUGCUGCGCAGCAACUGCGUAUGAGGUUCCGCAAGGUGGACUCUGGAGCUUUCGGAUACCGGAUGAGAUUGUAGCCAUUGCAAGAGGCGAAUCUGUCCCAGGUGGUGUUAUGGUACUUAUCGGCGCGAUGACAGACGAGGAGGUCCCGACCUGGCGAACCAAGUCUGUCUUUGAUGUGAAAGCUGAGGGAUUCGAAAGACACGUCAAGUUCGUGGAGCAGAGUCGCCGAGUUGCAGAAGAGAUGCGAAUGCCACCGGAACAGCGAGAAGAAGCACGAAGAAAGAGGAUGCAACAGGAAGCCGCAGACUUUCAUAAUGACUUUCGUCGAAGACAGAUGAAGGAGGAACAGCGGAAGGAAGCAGAAGUCGUUGAAGCGAUGCAGAGCCGCAAAUUGCCAAUCUCAAUCAUUGCAGAAGCCAACCGAAAGUGGCUUCUUCGAACUUUGCACCUCUCCGAAGAAGCCAGUUCCGCAUUGCUUCUUGAACCGAUCUUAUAUGCAAUGGUACGCAACGACUCACUUUCCAGACGCAUAUCUGUCAUGCUCGACCUUUGGAGAAAUUGGUCACAGUCAGGAGGCAUGACGAGAUCGCACUUUUUGGCCGUCAAAGAGGAUCAAGUGGCCUUCUCGCUUGCGAGCCUAUUGCUGUUAGCCGUCCGAAGUACAAUGACUGAUCCCAUAGGAAGCAUUGUUGGUGAUCUACAAGAAUGCUUGAGAAUGUGGAAAAAGGUUAGGUUGGGGUGAUUGAGAAUCAAGAUGAAGGGCAGCCCUCUGUUUAUGUACAAAAGGUGGUUUUACAAUUGUAUAAAUAUGAAAGCAAUAAUACGAAAUGGAA